CUCACAGCUUCACCAAAGACACACUGAACAGAUGGAAACAGAAGCAGAAGAAAAGGGUUGUGGAGGAGCAGAACUAGCCAGGAACUCAGAUCCAGAUACACAUUUACAACCAGAGACUGAUGACAAGACUGGAGCGUCUUCUGAACCUGAGACUGAUGACAGUGAUGAUUGGACGAAGACCAGAGAACCUCAGUCAGGUUUAAACUCUCUGGAAAAUGAUGAAGUCCCUGUCAGUGAUUUGAUUGUUGGUGAGAAACGAUUUAGCUGCUCCGAGUGUGGGAAAAGAUUUGGUCACAGUGGAAAUCUGAAGGUGCACAUGAGAUCACAUACAAGAGAGAAACCAUUUAGCUGCUCCGAGUGUGGGAAAAGAUUUGGUUACAGUGGAGAUUUGAAGACACACAUGAGCUCUCACACAGGAGAGAAACCAUUUAACUGCUCUGUUUGUGGGAAAACAUUUGGUUACAAGAAAACUCUUAAGGUACACAUGAGCACUCACACAGGAGAGAAACUAUUUAGCUGCUCUGUGUGUGGAAAAAGAUUUGGCCUCAGGGGAAAUCUGGCAGUACACAUGAGAUCUCAUACAGGAGAGAAACCAUUUAGCUGCUCUGAGUGUGGGAAAAGAUUCGGUUACUGUGGACUUUUGAGGGUACACAUGAGAUCGCAUACAGGAGAGAAACCAUUUAGCUGCUCUGAGUGUGGGAAAAGAUUUGGUCAGUGCGAAAAUCUGCAAAAACACAUGAGAACUCAUGCAGGAGAAAAACCAUUUAGCUGCUCUGAGUGUGGGAAAAGAUUUGGUCACAGUGGAGAUUUGGCAGUACACAUUAGAUUUCAUACAGGAGAGAAACCAUUUAGCUGCUCUGUGUGUGGGAAAAGAUUUGGUCAGAGUGGAGCUUUUAAAGUCCACAUGAGAACUCAUACAGGAGAGAAACCAUUUAGCUGCUCUGAAUGUGGGAAAAGAUUUAGUCAAAGUGGAACUCUUAAGAUACACAUGAGAACUCAUACAAGAGAGAAACUAUUUAGCUGCUCUGAGUGUGGGAAAGUAUUUGGACGAAGUGAACAUCUGAAAAAUCACAUGAGAACUCAUACAGGAGAGAAACCAUUCAGCUGCUCUGAGUGUGGGAAAGCAUUUAGUCGAAAUGAUAAACUGACUGUGCACAUGAGAUCUCAUACAGGAGAGAAAUCAUUUAGAUGUGUAAUUGGUGGGGAGUAAUUUAGACAAAGUGGAACUUUAUAUACAAAUAUGAGAACUCAUGAUGGAGGAAAAUGAUUCAGCUGCUCAGUUUGUACAGAAAAUCAUUUACAUGGUAGAAAGCUUUAAAAACUCACAUGAUAACUCAUAUAGGAGAUUGACCUUUCAGCAUGAAAUCUGAAACAUAAACUGGACAGUUACACAGUUGUAUGUAAAGCCAUGCAAGAGAGAAACCUUCUGACUGUAGUGUUUGUCACCAAAGAUUCACUUGGCCAAAACAACACCAACAGGGUGUUGUUUGUCAGUCCUCACAGCCUCAUCAAACUCAAACUGAGGAGAGCAGAGCGGCAGAGCCUCCAGCCAGCAGCUCAGCUCCACAGAUGGAAACAGAAGCUGAAGGUUGGGAAAUAUAUUUUAAUAUAUUGUUUUUCAUUCCCAUGCAUGCUGCUCAGAGGAUUAGGAUUUUUGUGGAGCUAAAUGGUGUUUAUGAUUUAAUGUUAGAAGGAAGAGUAACAAGUGUUUAACCAUUAGUGACAAUAAAAUCUGUGUUAGAUCAAAUAUGUAAUCAAGUAUAUGAUCAAUUGCUUCAUUAAAUGUGCAGAGAGUGUAUUUGUAUUGUGUGAAUCAAAACUAAAAUCAGAUCUGGAAAAAGGCCCCUGAAGCCAUAAACUAUGUGUCCUCAGAAAAAUAAAAGAAAAACCAGUUCGCACUGCUCGAGAGAGAGGAGGAAAGGAAGGGUUCUCUCCAGGAGUAGAGCUGCAUGCAGGGGAGGAGCUAAGGCUUUCCAUUGAGAUCCUGACACAUAUUAUGACGAAGUCAUGCUCAGCUGGUGAUAAGCCACGCCCACUCAGGACUCAUAGGACCUAAUUAACUACAAUUUAUUCUGACUGGAAGAGCCUUCGUAUUUGAAGUGGAAAUUUACUGGUGUUGGUUGGAGUUUAAAGAAAAGUGUGGCCUGAGGAAGGGGCUAUCUGGGUAUGUAAGAAAUCAUUAAGCUGGCAGAUUUUUGUCAAGGAUCCAGGGGUUCUCUGGCUCGGCUUCUGUGUGUGUGUUUGUGUGUGUAUUUACUACAAAAUAAAAGUCUUUUGUA